AUGAAGUGUGCAGGGCUGCCUCUAGCUGCAAAAACAUUGGGAUGCCUCUUGCACUCGAAAGUAGAAGCUGAGGAAUGGUAUAGAAUACUCAAUAGCACAAUUUGGGAUUUACCUGAUAAUGAUGAGGGUGGCUGCAGUGGCAUUCUUCCUGCUUUGUAUUUGAGCUAUUUUCAUCUCCCUUCACAUCUCAAACAAUGCUUUGUUUAUUGUUCCAUAUUUCCCAAGGGAUAUAAGUUUGAAAAGGAGAAAUUGGUACUCCUAUGGAUGGCAGACGGUUUUUUAGAGCACCCAAACAUUAAGAACUCAAUGGAAGAGGUUGGGUAUGAGUAUUUUUGUGAGCUAUUAUCAAGAUCAUUUUUUCAACCAUCAAGUUCUGACGAGUCAUGCUUUGUGAUGCAUGACCUUCUUAAUGAUUUAGCUCAAUUUGCAUCUGGAGAAUUUUCUUGUAAGUUUGAGAAUGGCAAGCAUCAUGGAAUUUCAAAAAAGCUCGAGACGGAGUUUUUGCGAACCUUCCUUUCACUAAGCAUUUCAGAUACUAUUGAAUGCUCCAGCACGUUGUUGUUGUCUAGUUGUACUAACCUCACUGAGUUACCAGAAAAAAUUGUUAUCCUCACUAAGUUACGUCAUCUAAAUGUGAGUGAAACCAGGUUGGAAGAGAUGCCGCCUAAAUUUGGAAUCCUAACGAGUCUCCAAUUGUUGACUGAUUUUGUUGUGUGCAAAAAUAGUAAUAGUGGGUCAGAUAUCAGUGAAUUGGGCAAGUUCUCAUAUCUUCGAAGUACUCUUUCCAUCUCAAAGUUGGAGAAUGUCGUCGAAGCUGAAGAUGCUUCAAAGGCCGAGUUGAAAAGUAAGAAAUAUCUUAAAGAGUUGGUUUUCAAAUGGACUACUGCUACCACGACUCAUCAUGUAAAUGAAGUACUCAACAAGCUUCAGCCUCAUGAAAAUUUGAAGAAGCUUACCAUUGAAAACUACGGUGGUACAGCGUUUCCCAAUUGGUUAGGUAAUGCUAUUUUCUCUAACAUGGUGGUUCUGCGACUUAACAAUUGCAAAUAUUGCACGUCCUUACCACCACUGGGGCAGUUAUCUUCUCUUCAAGAACUCCUCAUCACAAAGAUGGAAGGAUUAGAAAGGUUGGAGGAUAAUCAAUUUUACGGGACUGGGCAAACUGGAUUCCAGCCAUUUCGGUCUCUAAAAUCUCUGAAGUUUACGGAGUUACGACAUUGGAGGCACUGGAUACAUUCUGCACAUGGAGGUGAAGAUUUCCCUUCCAUUCAGGAGCUUCAAAUACAACAAUGUCCAAAAUUCAUUGGAAGCUUACCAAGGCACCCUUUCUCAACGAAUCGGGAGAUUUCUGGAUGUCCUCGGUUUGAAGAGGAGGAGGAGUUGACUCGAAGGGUACAACCACAAGCAUCUACUGACCAAGAGGAGGAGUUAGCUCGAAGGGUAAGACCACGCCGAUGCUGA